GCGGGGCGUGUGGGGCUCCCAGGCUCUGGCCCAGGCAGCUGUGCAGCCCGGGCGCUGCCAUGGACCACUUCCAGGCCAUCCUGGCUCAGGUGCGGACCCUGCUCUCCAGCCACCAGCCGAGGCGCGUGCGGGCCCUCCUGGAUGUGCUGCGCGAGGAGGAGCUGCUCUCCAGGGAGUACCACGGCGCCCUGCUCCUCGAGCCCGACGGCGAGGCUCUGGCCCGGAAGAUCUCCCUGACGCUGCUGGGGAAAGGAGACCUGCACCUGGCCCUCCUGGGGGGCGCUGAGAGGGACCAUGGCGGCACUGGGCAGUGCGCCGCCAUGGACCUGGGGCCCCUGGAAGGCAGCUACCUGGAGCUCCUGCACAGCAGCGCCGACCCCCUGCACCUCUACCACUUCUACGACCAGAUGGACCUGGCGGGGGAGGAGGAGAUCGAGCCCUGCUCAGAACCCGACACGGACAACAUCAACUGCGACCAGUUCAGCAGGCUGUUGUGUGACAUAGAGGGAGACGAGGAGACCAGAGAGGCGUAUGCCAACAUCGCGGAACUGGACCAGUACGUGUUCCAGGACUCACAGCUGGAGGGCCUGAGCAGGGACAUUUUCAUGGAGCACAUAGGAUCGGACGGGGUGCUCGGCGAGGGCCUGGAGGUGCCAGCAGAUGCAGAGCAGAGGAGCCAGAAAAGACCUUUCUCAGAGGAGCAUCCCACAGACCUGAAGCACAGGAAGCUAGCCGAGGUCCCUGCUGUGCCCAUAGUGACUGGCAGUUUCCUGGUGGGACCAGCAAGCAACCCCCCGACCCUGCCCAGCCUGCCAGCUGCUCUGUUCCACCAGGAGCCAGCACCUAGCCAGAGCCACCCAGAGAAGGCUGUUCCGCUGCCCGAGCCUUCCUCGGGGGCGGCGGUGAGCCGCCUGCACCUUCCUGCUGGGCCCAUCCAGAUUGUCUCCGUGCUGCCUGCUCUGCCCCAGGGACUCUGGCACAUCUCAGGGCCCAGCACAGGUCUCUCCAGUGUAUUCAUCUGCCACGGUGAGAUGUCCCCGACCAGCCAAGCACUACCUUCCAGCGGCCCUGCCAUCCACGGCCUCCUGAAGUCCCCCGCCCGGCCGGGCUCCACCAGCCCCUUCGCUCCGUCUGCAGCUGACCUGCCCAGCAUGCCUGAAUCAGCCCUGACCUCCCGUGCACCUGGGACGGAGGACAAAGGAUCCCCAGGCCAGACAGCCCCAGAGGUCUCCAGCAAGCUUCCAAAAUGGCCUGAGGCGGUGCAGCGGUUCUGCAGCUGGCUGCGGGACAGGUACAGGGCCGAGCCCGCAGGCCCGGACGGCAUCAUGGUGGAGGUGGAUCUGGUGAGCGCCAGGUUGGAGAAGGGCAGCAACAAGAGCCAGGAGAGGGAGCUGGCCACCCCGGACUGGGCAGAGCGGCAGCCGGCCCGCGGGGGUCUGGCCGAGGUGUUGCGGACUGCCAGCGACGGCCGACGGCCUCGGGAAACUCAAGUGAUCGCCGUGCUGGGCAAGGCGGGGCAGGGGAAGAGCCACUGGGCGCGGGCCGUGAGCCGGGCCUGGGCCCGCGGCCAGCUUCCACAGUACGACUUCGUCUUCUGCGUCCCCUGCCGCUGCCUGGACCGCCCUGGGGACGCCUUCCACCUGCGGGACCUGCUGUGCUCCCUGGGCCCGCAGCCGCUGGCCGUGGACGACGUGGUCUUCAGGCACAUCCUAAGGAGGCCCGACCGCGUGCUGCUCACCCUGGACGCCUUUGAGGAGCUCGAGGCCCACGAUGGCUUCCUGCACGGCAGCGGCGGACAGGCACCUGCAGAGCGCGGGUCCCUCAGAGGGCUGCUGGCCGCGGUCUUCCAGCGGAAGCUUCUGCGAGGCUGCACCCUGCUCCUCACGGCCCGGCCCCGCGGCCGCCUGGCCCAGAUCCUGAGCAAGGCCGACGCGCUGUUCGAGGUGGCUGGCUUCUCGGCUGAGCAGACCCAGGCUUACGUGAGGCGCUACUUUGAGAACUCAGAGGUGACGGACCACCCAGAGAGGGCCCUGGCCCUCCUCCGGGACCGGCCCUUCCUCCUCAGUCACAGCCACAGCCCCGCCAUCUGCAGGGCAGUGUGCCAGCUCUCCGAGGCCCUGCUGGAGCUGGGGGACCAGGCCGAGCUGCCCUCCACGCUCACGGGACUCUAUGUUGGCCUGCUGGGCCCUGUGGCCCGGGGCAGCCCCCCGGGGGCCCUGGCAGGACUGGCCAAGCUGGCCUGGGAGAUGGGCCGCGCCCACCAGGGCACUGUGCGGGAGGGCCAGCUCCCAUCCCAGGAGGCCAGGGCCUGGGCUGUGGCCGGAGGCUUGGUGCGGCCAGUCCCGGGGGCUGCCGAGGCGGAGCUGGCCUUCUCCAGCUUCCUCCUCCAGUGCUUCCUGGGGGCCCUGUGGCUGGCCCUGAGCAGCGACAUCAAGGACAAGGAGCUGCCGCAGUAUUUGGCAUUGACCCCGAGGAAGAAGAGGCCCUAUGACAACUGGCUGGAGGCCGUGCCCCGCUUUCUGGCCGGACUGGUUUUUCAGCCUCGCGACGGCUGCCUGGGAGCCCUGGUGGCGCCCGCCGAGGCCUCCUCUGCAGACCGGAAGCAGAGGGCGCUGGCCAGGUACCUGAAGCGGCUGCAGCCCGGCGCGCUGCGGGCCAGGCGGCUGCUGGAGCUGCUGCACUGUGCGUGGGAGGCCCAGGAGGCCGGCAUCUGGCAGCACGUGGUGCGGGAGCUCCCGGCGCGCCUCUCCUUCCUGGGCACACGGCUCUCGCCUCCCGACGCGCACGUGCUGGGCGAGGCCCUGAGCGCGGCCUGCCGGGACUUCACCCUGGACCUACGUGGAACGGGCAUCGACCCCUCCGGCCUGGAGAGCCUCGUGGGACUCGGCUCUGUCACCCGUUUCAGGGCCGCCUUGAGCGAUACAAUGGGGCUGUGGGAGUCCCUGCAGCAGCGUGGGGAGACCCAGCUACUCCAGGCAACUGAGGAGAAGUUCACCAUUGAGCCAUUUAAGGCCAAGUCCUUGAAGGAUGUGGAAGAUCUGGGCAACCUGGUGCAGACCCAGAGGCUGAGAAGUUCCUCUGAAGAUGCCCCGGGGGCCCUGCCUGCUGUCCGGGACCUGAAGAAGCUGGAGUUUGCGUUGGGCCCCCUCUUGGGCCCCCAGGCUUUUCCCAAACUGGCAAAGAUUCUUCCUGCCUUUUCGUCCCUUCAGCACCUGGACCUGGACUCGCUGAGCGAGAACAAGAUCGGGGACCAGGGGGUCGCGCAGCUCGCCGCCGUCUUCCCUCAGCUGAAGGCCCUGGAGACGCUCAACCUGUCCCAGAACAGCAUCACCGACGUGGGGGCCUGCCAGCUGGCCGAGGCCCUGCCCUCACUCGCUGCGUCCCUCCUCAGGCUCAGCUUGUACAAUAACUCUAUCUGCGACCUGGGAGCCGAGAGCCUGGCGCGGGUGCUUCCGGACAUGGUGUCCCUGAGGGUCCUGGAUGUCCAGUAUAACAAGUUCACAACUGUGGGUGCCCAGCAGCUGGCCUCCAGCCUGAGGAAGUGCCCCCACGUGGAGACACUGGCAAUGUGGACACCCACGAUCCCCUUUGGUGUCCAGGAACACCUGCAGCAACUGGACUCCCGGAUCAGCCUGAGAUGACCCUGGCUGUGCUCUGGGCCAGCGCACACUCCGGGACACUGAUCGCACUGGACCUUGAACUGGGUACUGUGGACAGAGCUCUUCUCCAGGCCAUUCCAUGAGCCUCAGCAUCCUGGCACCCGGUUCCUGCUGGCUCAGGACUGGCCCCAUCCGGCCCUUGAAUGAACCCACCUUUGCGGCAGAUCCAGGCCCCGCCCCUUGCUCCUUUAGGGCCCAGUACAUGCCAGCCAUGUUCAGCUGCUCCCAGCCUGGCAGACAGGCAGGCGCCUGGAGGCAGCCACGGCCACCCAGGAGGCCUGAGCCGCACCUGCAGACUGCUGGACAGUCGUGGCCAGGCCAGGGUCAAGGGUGAGGCAGCCUCGUGUCUGCCUGCCUGGUGAGAGGGCACUCCUGCUGCUCUCCGCAGUACCCCCGCGGCCACUUGGCACUGUGAAGAUACCAGUGGGCCACCCGGCCUGCUAAUGCCCCCGACUGAGGCAGGGGCCCUGUGGCAGCGGCUCUCGGUCUGUGGUACUCGCUGUUUGCACUGACUUUUGGCCAAGGCCAAAGCUAGGCCUGGCCAGAACACUGGAGUUCAGCCGGCACUAAGGGAGGGAGGCCGCCCGGAGCCCCGCCUCCGCUUCCUCCCCGCGGCUUCCUUUCCACUACACGAUAAACGUGCCCCGCCGUCUCACUGGCUGGUCCAGGGUUUGGGUCCAGGAUUUCCAUCUGGAGUAUCUGCCGCUCUCGUCACCUGAGACACAGUGGCUUAAAUGAGCACGCACACUCAUUUGGGCAGGACUUGGCAGGGACAGCCCACCUGUCUCCCUUGGCAUCAGCUGGGAAAGCUUGAAGACUGGGCAGGGGUGGCCUGAGGGGCCCUUCACCUGUGUGCCUGGCAUGUGAUACAAGCUGGCCAGGACGGGGGACCUCUCCACAGGGCGAGUUUGGGCUUCCUCAUAGCUGGUGGCUGGGCAUCAGGGUGGUCACCCAGAUGGAGAGAAAAGGCAGUGACCGAGGACAGGGAAAGGGAGGGAGAGUGCCCCGGGACCAGGCGGUGUCCUCAGCACCUAGCAGGAGGCACAGGGCCCUGUGUCAGCCAGCCAGCGGGACAGGGCUGCCUCUCUGCUGCCCACCCACCCGCAUCCUGCCUUCUCUGCAGGGCUUGUCUCUGUGGCUUCCCGAGGUUCAGGGAAACUCAAUAUUCCAGGCCGCCAAGGUUGCAGCACUGGCAUCGUCUGCUCCGCUAAAGGGCGCACUCUCCUCGGCCCCUGCCCCCGCCCUGCCGCUCUGUCCCAGGGCCUUCCUUAGCCAGGCUGGAUCCCUGCCUUGGCGGCAGCAGGCCCAGAAGAGACUGGCAGGGCUGCUGUGUUUCGCUGUGGCGUGGUCUGCCCGCAGGGACAGCUGGCCUUCUCCUGGCGGCAGUGGAAGCAGAUCGUUCAGCUGCAGCAUGCCAGCCCGAGGCCCACAGGGUCAGCCUGUUCCCAAACUCUGCUCCUCUUCCCAGCAAGUGGGGGCUGGGGUCGGGAGGGGCCAAGGGACACAGUAAGUCCUGGAUAAACCUUAGAGACUGUGAUUACUGUGUGCCAGGUGCCAGACUAAGCCCUUCCUACCCUAAAGGGAUGGAAGCACAGACUCUAGAGCUAGAGGCCUAGCCUCCACGUCUGGCUCACCACUUAUGCAAGGGCCUUCUCUGUGCCUCAGUCUCCUUGUUUGUGACAUGGACAGAGUCACACCUCUGGGUCACAUGGCGAUUCGACGAGUGAAGAUUUAAGAAAGAGCCUGGCACACAGUUCCCAGGGUCGGCUGUGUGUUUCACUCUUGCCUCUGCCUGGAAUGUUCUUCCCAGAGCUUCUCAUCCUUGAGUACUCAAAGGGCAGCCCACCAGGAAGGCCGACAAGCCUCCCUCCCCGCCUGUCACUAUUUUACCCUUUUUGUACUUAUUUCUGUUGUCUGCUCUUGUCCUAGGGUGUGACCCCAGAAGGGCAGGGAACUUGGCUUUGUUCACUGCUGUGCCCUCUGCACCCCACAGGGUGCCUGUGGGGUGGAUGGAUCAUUUCCAGCACAACUCUGCUUUAUUCUUUCUACAACGAUACACUGAGGGUACAAUGGUGAAUAAGGGCUCGAGUUUCCUACCCUGGUGGCUCUCACAUUUUAGCAAAAUUUAAAGGGCUGCAGGGUGAUUGGGCAGUCUGUGCACUGCACAAAAUCACCUGGGCUGGUGGUAACGAGGGGCUUCACACUCGUCAGGGCUUUGCUUACCAAUCUCCACGUCCUGGCGUGGGGCUGCAUCAGCCCAGGGAGCACUUUUUAUGAUUGACAUGAAGUCAUCAUGAGAGGUGGGUAUGUUAGCCAAGCAGGGUGGUGCAUGCCUGUAAUCCCAGUGGCUCAGGAGGCUGAGGCAGGAGGAUCCCAAGCUCAAAGCUAGUCUCAGGAACUUAGUAAGGCCCUAAGCAACUUAGUGAGACCCUGU